UGUGAAUCAUCUUGCAAAGUGGUUAAUCAAACGAAUGCAGUCGAAUUCUCUGCGUCCAAGUUAAGCUUCCAAGCAUUUCGAAGCUCGUCGAAUUUGAUGGUAUGGCUCCCAGGCCAUUUAGGACAAGCCGUGACCGUUCCUCACAACGGUGGAGCGCGCUUUGGAGUUCGACCUCACUGGUGGCACAGUAAAAUGGAUGUGCAAAUAAAAGCUCUGCAAUCCUUGUCGCAUUGCCGUGAUGUUGAAUUUCGGUGCAGCAGCGGCCAGUGCAUCUCGAAGCAAGAAAUGUGUGAUGGCCGCAAGUCCUGUGACGAUGGUUCCGACGAGUCACCGUCGCUAUGCGGUGGCGCUACACAGCUGAGACCUGGAGAGCAAAUAAGCGGGGAAUUUACGACCAGCAGGGCCAGAAUAAUAUUCCAGCUGUGUGACAGUUCGUACUGCGGGCAGAUCGUUGUCACCGGCGUUCGAAAAAAUGGAAAACUCAUUUUGCAUACUGGUAGGGAGUGUAAUCUUCAGGGCGAGUACUGUAUCAACGAUUACAACCAUGACUCCCUUGUUGGCUACAAACUACAACCCCAAGAAACCAAUUUUGAGCAAAAAAUACCGAUUUUUGAAAAAAAGGUUAGUACUGAUACCGAUGACAUCAAAGUCGGCACAAUCGAAAGAUUCAGAGUACAGAACCAAAACUCUUCAAUGGUUCUUUUCUUCGGAGAUAACUUCGAUCGAGCUGCUGUAGUACCCGUCGAUGCAUCAAGCAGAAAUUUCAGUGUCCGAAUGGAAACCAACGAGCGCCUGAAAGUCCGAUUCACCGAAAUUACACCUAUGGAACUUGUCGAACGUGAUUUGGUGCAAGUGGACAACCAAUUCGUGUUUUCGUCUCAACUGUGCGAGCCUGUGCUGUGCACUAAGAUGAACGUCUCCUCCGUGGCAAAUGUGGUCUGCAAGUACAAAGAGGAGAUUUGUCUUGUGAACACUCCUACCGACAGCUUACCAAAGACACAGGAAACCCAAAUAGUCUCUCCCAACAGGCCCCGACGCACUCCCCCUACGCCUAGAUUCCAAACAUCAACGCCAAGACAAUUCCUUGAGGAAGUAAGAGAUCCCAUUUCUCUUGAUGCCGUUAAAAAAUUUCAUGACAACGAGCCCUGCUUUUGGGAAGCUGGCAGUUACGGACUUGUCACACCACCGAGAUCUGGAAAAUCCAGGGGGCGAUCCCAUCUAAGAAUAGAGCAUUGUUCAAAGGGGCCACAACUGGCGCGACACCAUAUAAUUCCUUAUAACCUCUUUCGAGCCUUCUUCAGCACUGCCGUGGUAGCCCAUCUGCGUUUCCAGUAUGACGGAUUUGCGGCUGUUGGGAGUAUAUUUCCGCUGACCGAACUGUUGAUUGACUUAGCGGGGAUGGCAACGUCAGAAAACACGGGCUAUCGUCAAGAGGAGCUGAAUUGCGCACACCACAGUGCCCUACUGGCCCGACAAAAUGACGAUCCCAGGUUCCUUAAGCCCCUUAACGGCUAUAUGUUCUUUUGGAUGGUUUCUAACAUCGUCGUUGGGCCUGCGCCCAGGUACAGGGGAGACGAUCCCAAAGAGGGCUUCGACGUGCAAAUACAUCGCCUGCUUGAAGAAAAUGAUACACUACAGUAUUGGGCGAUUGAUGGUCUCCACAGCGCUAUCCAACGUUACAUGGAGGUCAUACGGCCGUAUAUCCAUCAGGUUGUUGGUACUGUUUGGAAUGGACGUCCACAGUAA